AUGGUUUUAGCAGAGUUAGGUUCGAGACUGUCGCGAGCUCUUCAGAAGAUGAGCAACGCGACAAUCGUGGACAAAAAAGUCCUGGCCGAUUGCCUGAACGAAAUCACAAGGGCUCUCCUUCAAUCUGAUGUUCAAUUCAAGCUCGUCUCCGAGAUGCAAUCAAACAUCACGAACAUUGUCAAUCUAGAUGAGCUCGCCGCCGGCCAUAACAAGCGUAAAAUCAUCCAGCAAGCUGUAUUUAAGGAGCUCUGCAAGAUGUUGGAUCCGGGAAAACCCGCAUUCGCCCCGAAGAAAGGCAAAACCGGAGUCGUAAUGUUCGUCGGGUUGCAAGGAUCCGGUAAGACGACGACGUGCACAAAGUACGCGUCUUACCACCAGAAGAAAGGUUGGAAACCUGCAUUGGUUUGCGCGGAUACCUUCCGGGCGGGUGCUUUUGAUCAGCUGAAGCAGAACGCCACGAAAGCGAAAAUCCCGUUUUUCGGGAGCUAUACAGAGUCGGAUCCGGUUAAGAUUGCGGCUGAAGGCGUGGAGAGGUUUAAGAAAGAAAGCUGUGACCUUAUCAUUGUUGAUACGAGUGGCCGCCACAGACAGGAAGCGUCUCUUUUUGAAGAGAUGCGUCAGGUCUGUGAGGCCACGGGCCCGGAUCUUGUCAUAUUUGUCGUGGACAGUAGCAUUGGUCAGGCCGCUUUCGAUCAGGCUCGAGCUUUCAAAGACAGCGUAGCAGUCGGGGCCGUGAUCGUUACGAAGAUGGAUGGCCACGCCAGGGGAGGCGGCGCGCUCAGCGCAGUGGCAGCCACGAAAAGUCCGGUCAUAUUCAUCGGUACAGGAGAGCACAUGGACGAGUUUGAGGUUUUUGAGGUCAAGCCUUUUGUGAGUCGACUGUUAGGGAUGGGGGAUUUGUCUGGUUUCAUGGAUAAAAUCCAGCAAGUUGUCUCGACGGAUGAAAUCAAUCCAGCUGAGCUGCUUCAACAAAUUUCACAAGGAAGUAUCACGUUGAGGUUUAUGUAUGAGCUGCAUCAGAGCCAGCUUAAAAUGGGUCCAAUGGGACAGGUUUUCUCAAUGCUCCCAGGAUUCAACAACUCAGAAUUGUUGAUGACUAAAGGCCAUGAGAAAGAAAGCCAGGCCAAGAUGAAACGUCAGAUGAUUAUGAUGGACUCUAUGACUAAAGAAGAAUUGGAUAGCACCAACCCUACUAAGUUGAUCACCGAAUCGCGGGUAAAGAGGAUCGCAAGGGGGUCUGGUCGUCAGGUGAGUGAUGUGAUGGAAUUGCUCGAAGACUACAAGCGUAUGGCAAAGAUGUGCACCAACGUGAAGAAGGGACUCAAGCUUCCCAAGAAGGGUGGUUUGGAUGCCCUACCUCGGAAUAUGAAUUUUCAGAAUCUGAGCAAAGCUCUUCCACCUCAGGCGCUGCAGCAGAUGGGCGGCAACGGAGGAAUACAAGACUUAAUGAAGCAGGUGGGCAACAUGGGUUUUGCUAAGGAUCUGUUGAGUAUGUUUGGAGGCAAGCAUAAGUGA